UAGCUCACUGUAUGUGCUGUUCAUUCAUGUCCAGCAGCCUUAAUGGACCGAAGAGGAACCAAGCACAUUUAAGUUUUUCUUUGGCUUUUGUUUCACUUUUUUCUUUCUUCAUGAGACUUUUAAAAUAGGAAGGAAAAUAGCAACCUUUAUUUGGAGAACCAAGAAAAGUAUUUUACAGUUUAUCACCAUACAAGGCACAUCUGAUACUGAUUUUGCAUGACCACCUGCACAUGCCCUACUGCCUGAAGGGCCACACAGCUCUGGCUUGAAGCAAUGCCAGGCCUUUUAAAUCAGUCAUCUUGGGCACCGUUCCUUCUCAAAAGCUCCAGUGUGAAAGCCUGUGCUAAUGGAUACUCUGCUGGAGUAACUGCUCGUCUUACAUACAUGAAUCCUGACAAUGAAGCAGUAGAUGGGGUCUUUGUUUAUCCACUGGAAGAGACUGAGUUGGUGAUAGGAUUUGAAGCAGUGACCGGAGAGAGGAGUAUCACUUUUCGAGUUCAGAACCGUCCAAAGUCUGAGGACUGUUGUGUGGAUUGUUGCCGAGGCUCUGUCCUAGCUCUGGGCUGCACCAAUGGUCACCUAAUUUUAGAUGAAGAUACGGACAGAACUACAUUUGUCAUCUGCACAGGCAUGGUUGGCCCAUUAGAAGUUAUAACAGUGACCAUCAAAACCUCCAUGGAGCUGUCUAGUCGAGAAAAUGGAGCCAUACAUUUCAUCCUCCCUUCAGUUUUCAUACCACUAGGACCCAGUGCUGAGAAUAAAUGUGGAUCAGGUAGCCUCUGUGAUGACAGCUCUACUAGUUGUUUUGGUGCUGGAGGAGUGAAAGAAGAGAAAAGUUCCAGUUCCAUCCAUCCCUGCAUUCCUGACAUUUUUACUGAACCAGCCCUAAACCCUCUACCUUAUGAGUUCACCUUUGAGAUGUUGGUGAAGGGACCCUGUCUCUUAGCAGGUUUGGAGAGCCCUACUCAUGCCCUGCGUGCUGAUGCUGACCCAUUUGCACAGUCUGCUUCAACAAUCUAUGUCACCUUAGCAGAGGAGCACCAGUGUAACAAGCAGCUGGAAAUUAUCUUACAUCCGAGUGAGCCUCAUAUUCCACAUAUUUUGCUUGAAGAAGGUACUAUGUCAUUUGCAGAGUAUGAACGCUACAUCAAGGACAGGAGAGAUUUCAUCAGACUAUCAAAGAAAGAAUCAGACCCUGACAAGAAGGUUGCUUUUGUCCAGAAACGGGUUCAUAAGGACAUUUUCCACAACCCUGUCAUGAUGUUAAACUUCUGUCCAGAUCUCAGUGGCCUUCCAACCAACCUGCAGAAUGUUACACGUGAAAUAAUCUUUCUCAUUGAUAGAAGUGGCAGCAUGAGUGGAGACAACAUAGAGAAAAUUAAGGAGGCCCUCACUGUUACCCUAAAGAGUUUGCCAUCAGCUACACUUUUCAACAUUGUAGGAUUUGGCUCCAGCAUAAAACCACUGUUCUCAGCCAGCAAACUCUGCAGCAAUGAAUCCCUCUCCUUGGCUUCAGAGUACUUUCAGAAGAUGAGAGCUGACAUGGGAGGAACAGAUGUAUAUGGGGCCUUAUCCUGGGUUUUUCAACAGCCACUGCAUCGUGGCUACCCAAGGCAACUAUUUGUCCUCACUGAUGCCAUGGUGAGCAAUGCUGGCAAAGUCCUCGAACUGGUUAGAAGGCAUGCCAGUACAGCCAGGUGCUUUAGUUUUGGCCUUGGACCAAAUGCGUGUAGGCGGCUGCUGAAAGGGGUUGCCAAGAUCACAGGAGGCAGUGCUGAAUUCUUUGGAGAGGAUGAAAGGAUGCAACCAAAGCUCAUAAAAUCUCUAAAGAAGGCAAUUGAGCCUGCUGUGAGUGACAUCAGGAUUGACUGGUAUGUCCCAGAAGCUGUAGAAGCUCUCCUUUCACCCAGUGAUAUACCACCACUUUAUCCAGGAAAUCGCUUGGUCAGCUACUGUACUAUCUUCAAUGUUGCUGCAUUCCGUGGGAAGAAAUCCCGGCGCAAGCCACCUGUUUGUAGAAGUCUUUCUCGUGGUUCCACCAGCUCCGUUUUCCAGUCCCUGGAGGAGCCCAUGACCCCGACAUCUUUUGAGCCUCUAUUAUUUCAUCCAACUGAGGACAGAGCUGACCUAGAAGAAGCUCUGAAAGAAAUUUCAAGAGAGAUUUCUUUAGAGUUUUCCAGUGGUAAUCAAGGAACAGAUAUGGAAUCUUCCACUGAUGUUCGAAAACGGAUUUACCAGCCAUCCUACAUCCAGGAGCAGUAUGUGCUAACUCGUUGUUCAGUCAGUGGUGAAAAGCUACACAGGCACACUUAUGGCUCUACCAGCAGUGAAUCAACCAGCUCUAGAGAAGUUGCAGCCAAUGGAAGUUCAGUACUUAAUGGUCUGGAAAUGGUCUCUCAGCAGGGUCAGAAAAGCUUUGUCAACUUUAAUGCUCCUUCAAAGUUCACAAGACUGUCCCAGUCAGAGGCAGGAGGCAGUGAGGUUUCUGGGUUGACCUGGUCAGAAGAAAUAAGGAAAAAGCAGAAAGCAUUUGCACGGGCAGCAAUGUCUAGUCGUAGUUUCUCCUCCCCCCAGGGUGACCUGGAUAUGCACAGGCUACGCCGGGCAUUAGAGAAGGUAUCCUUUGAUCAGACCCAGUCUCUACGUGGGAAUCGAGAGGAGAGUGACCCCAAUAUGCACCACUGUCAGCGGCGUGGACUGUCUAGGACUUUAACUAAUUCCAGGAAAUCUCAGCCAGGUAGUCUGGUAUUUUCUACCUCUCAGCUGGACUGGGACACAUUUACAGACCCACAGUAUCUGUUCUCCCCAGUCCCAGCAGAAGACCCUCCUGAUUUUUCAGACAAUACACAACCAGUUCUGCAGUGUCGGUCAGAAAUACAUGGUCUGAUUAGUGGGAAGCCAGUUUCCUGGGAAGUGACAGUUAAUCUGGACUAUCUGUUUAAUUCUGGCCCAACAGAAAAGGAGAAAAGAAAAUGGGAAGACAGCUGGGAAGACAUUUUACAUCGACUUGCAGCAAGAUCUGUUGUUCGAGAUUUUGAGAAUAUGGCAGAAAAAGAGUUAGAAAUUGAGCAUGGGUCUUCUAGAAAAUUCCGUUUGAAGGCUAUUCAGACCAGCAAGUCUUGCAAUAUUGUGUCUGUGUUCACCUCCAUUGGACCAGUAGAUUCAGUAACACUGGAACCCAUCCCAUCUUCACUUGAGGUGCAAAAUACGGGUCUGAAAUUCACACAGCAACGCCUGUCACGCUCUACAAGCAGACGUCCAAGGAGUUAUUCAGUAGGACUUGGUCGAAGACGAGACUCUGAUGAUGUUGAUGAUAUUUUUAUGUCAACAGAGAGGGAAGAGAGUCCAGCAUCACCAGUGAGCAUGACUUCUUCUUCAGGGUGGGAAAGACAAAGCAUCCCAGAUGGUUACAGUAGCAGCCCUACAACUUUUUCAGGUGCAAGAUCACAGAAGGGUGACAGUUUCUUUGGCUCCAGAUUCAGCCUGGGCAAGCGACGUGCUUACACAUCUGCCAGAAAAACUACAGUUUUAAAACCUCAUUGUUUUUCUGCAGAGUCAGAUGCAUGUCCAGAGAAUGAGACUGUAAACUACUUGAUGCUGAUUCAACUCCAGCUGUCAUCUGGUGCAUUUCUUCUCACAGAAGUGUUUUCCCGUGUGGUUCAGAUCAACCUUGAUCAGCUAAAGCGGGCUUCGCCCUUCCCAUGUCAUCGAUCCAGCCUCAGCCCACCAUCACAAUGCACAUCUCCUCAAACUCCGAAUACUAAAUUGGAAAUGUGGAACAAGGAUAACCAGGAUGGGAGUCCAUCCAGCAGUGGCAGGUGGCCAAACAGAGAAGUCAGAGGUCACAGCAUCGGAGAGGAUGGUGCCAGAGUUCUGAAGAGGUUCACAAAGUCAUAUGAGGAGAGUCAUACUGAAUGCUUUGCAGAAAUAAGUGAAGACUGUACCACAGCAGGCCUCUACUCCUAUGGCAUUAGCCCAGAUAUUCUAAACUCUACAACACAGCAAGCAGAUAGUGGCAGGGGAUCAGAGACUGAUGUCUAUGAGAACUCACCUGCCAGUUCGGAGGCAGGGAUGAGCUUCUAUGAGCCAGUGACAGACUCUGACAUUGUACAGGGUGAAGAGGACCUGGAAGGAGCUUACUGGGCUACUGUAGUAGCCCUGACGUGGCUAGAACACAAAUGUGCUGGCUUCUUUGUUGAGUGGGAGCUUAUUGCUGCUAAGGCUGAUAGCUGGCUUCAAGCUCAGAAGCUACCAGAGGGAAUCAGUGUGGCAAGCCUCAAGGCUGCAGCUCGGCAACUCUUCCUUUUGAUACGUCACUGGGAUGAGAACAUUAAACUGAAUAUGUUGUGCUAUAAUCCCAAUAAUGUAUGAAAAUGAAAUACCUGCAAUUUAAAACACAAUCUUAAAUUCAGUUUCUGUGAUCAUAAAUAAAAUGAUUUUUGGUAA